GCUGUUAAGUUCUUCUCAAACGUUCAGCAAAUAAUUACAAAAAUGCCGCGACCAAAAAUAUUAUUAUUUUAGAUAUGUUAAAUACAAAUGAAUCAAACGAAUUAGUGUGUAAUUUGCAAAGUUGUAAGAACAAGAUUGUAAGUGUACAUUCCGGAAAUAUAGAAAGACAUUUAAAGAGAUUACAUCCUGAGCAAUAUGCAAACUAUAUUGAACAAAAACGUGCAAUGAAAUUACUAAGUAUUACUGCGAAGAAAUGUAAAUCCGAGGAACAUCGAACUAGCAAAAGUGGAACUAUUCACCAAAAAUGGAUGUCCUCUGCGCAUGGCCGAAGAUACGACCUUCAAAAUUCUUAUGGAACCAGUUUUAAGUUUGCUCGGAAUGACAGUCAAUGAGCAUAAUAUAAUGGAACGAAUUAUCGCAUUUUCCACAAAUAUUAAAACGGAAAUAUCUAAUGAUUUAAAAGGGACAUUGUUUUCUCUUAAGAUUGAUAUAGCAACCAGUAAAAGAGCUGAAAUCAAGUCAUACCGGUGAAUAUAUAAAAUCUAUUAUAUUGGAAGUUCUAAAAGAAUAUGGUUUUGAUAUACGCAACAUUCUUACCAUUACAAUCGACAAUGGAUCUAACAUGUUAAAAACGGUAAAAGUCUGAAUUCGGAGUUACAAAUGCUUAUGGAAGAAGAAUCUCAGGAUAGCGAAGAAGAAGUUGAUUGUGAAAUAUCGAUUUAUGAAAUUGAGUCAAUCGACUUUGAUAUAUAUAUAUAUAUAAUGUUCUAAAACAGCCUACAAUAAAAGAAAAAACUGAAAACCUAAGACUCGUAGUGAAAAAACAUCGAAGUAAAACGUAUAUGAGUAUUUUUAAAAAUGGGCUCCACAAGAAACCUAUAAUUGACUGUAUAACAAGAUGGAAUUCAACAUACAAUAUCAUUGAAAGACUGCUGGAAAUAAGAGAAGUUGUAACUACAUUAAGCAAGGAUAAUUCGAAAUUAUUCAUUAGUUCUGCUUACUGGCCUUUCGCAAGUGAAUUUGUUGGAAUAUUUAAACCUAUUUACACAGCUACAAUGAAACUACAAACUGAACAGCUGUGUUAUAGCGAACUAUAUAUUGUAAUAAUGGAUAUUACAUUCCAAAUAGAUGCUUUACCAAAUACCGAAGUGAAAGUGAUACUGAAAGAUUCAUUGAAGACAAGAAUGGAUAAACUUUUUGAAAACGUAUUUUUUAACGCAGCCGUGUAUUUGGAUCCACGUAUUAAAGUCUGUAUGACAAGCGAACAGAAAGCUAGAGCGCAGAUGUACAUAGUAUCGUUACAUAAGCGAAUAUACUCAAAAGAAGAUUCUACAACAGACAAUACGGCCUGCACAAUACUGGAUGAAACUCCAUCAACAAGUAAUGUAUGUACCCCGAAAUCCUUUUCCGAUUACCUGCAAACUAUAGAUCCUACCACGCCUACACAGAGUUCUUCAAACAUUGAUCAUUUUGAAUCCGAUCUAUCCACUUAUGAAAGAAAAUCUAGAUUGCCACUAAAUGCAAAUGUUUUAGAACAUUGGGAUUCUCCAAACAUUAUUAGUGGCAUUGCUAAUAUUUUACUGGUGAUACGAUCAACACAAGUAAGCGUGGAAUCGACAGCGCAAUCGAUUGUCACCGUUAAAUUUAGAGCAUAUAUUAAUGGUAAAAGCCAAUGGGAUUUUUAAUUACCAGUUGGGAUCUGAUUAAAGUUCUUACUGGUGCACUUAUAUUUUUAGUUUAUUACAUUUUCUUUUUUAUUUUCUAUUUAUAUUAUGUAUAUUAUAUUUAACUUGUUUCAUUAAUUCAAUUUUAUUAAAAAAAUACAUUUAUGUAAUAACAAUUAAAUGCCUAUAA